UUAAAAUCCUUAUAUUAAAUAAAAUGAUUUACAAAGGUUGCGCAAUUAAAAUUGUUUGCAGUCGAUUCCCGUUUAAAUACGAUCCCAACUUCGGCAGAAUUUCUUCCAAAGAGCGCAUCAAUGGAUAUAAUCCUCUCAUCCUACCUUGAGCUCCUCCUCGCAAUCCUCUGCUUCUUCUUCCUCCUCUAUCUCCACCGUCGCCGGACCCCUCCAGGCUCACUCACCAACUGGCCCAUUUUAGGCAUGCUACCAGGCCUCGCCGUCAACGUCCACCGCCUCCACGACUUCAUGACUGAAAUCCUGGCCCGCUCCAACCGCACCUUCCUUCUCCUCGGCCCCUGGUUCUCCGGCAUGAAGUUGCUCAUGACCUGCGACCCCACCAACAUCAACCACAUCUUCAACGUCAACUUCCACAACUACCCCAAAGGCCAUGAAUUCUCGGAGAACUUCGAUAUCCUCGGCGACGGCAUCUUCAACGCCGACCACGAGUCCUGGAGAAGACAACGCAAGAAGGCUCAGCUCCUCAUAACACAACCCCGGUUUCUCUCCUAUGUCACACUCUGCAGCCGCGACAAAGUUGGCAACUUUCUUCUUCCCCUGCUCCGGCAACUCAGCGAUCAAAACAAGAUUGUGGACCUCCAAGAUGUGUUUUUGAGAUUUUCAUUCGACAUCUCCUGCAAGCUUGUGUUUGGCAUCGACCCCGCCUCCCUCUCCCCUGAUUUCACGAUCGUGCCAUUCGCCAAGGCAGUCGACGAGGCCACCACCACAAUCCUUCACCGCCACGUAGUUCCGCCUUCAUGGUGGAAGCUCAUGCGGCGUCUCAAAUUGGGGAGGGAAAAGAAGCUUGCUGAUGCGUGGUGUGACAUUGACGAUUUUAUCGCCGAGAGGAUACAGAAGAGGAAGCAGGAAACCAACCGCACCGACUCUUCAAAUGACAGUCUCCUUACGGCCUACAUCAACGACGACUCCGCGGCUGACGACAGGUUCCUAAGGGACACGACGUUAAGCCUCGUUACUGCAGGAAGAGACACCAUCGGAGUGGCGCUCGCGUGGUUCUUCUACCUCCUUUGCAAGAAUCCAGACAAGGAAGCGAGGUUGGUCGAGGAACUAAGACACGGCGCCGAAGAGCCGGUGUACCUGCAGGCGGCGCUUUGCGAGGCUCUGCGACUGUACCCACCAGUGCCGUUCGAAGCGAAGGGGGUGGCGGAGGCGGAGUAUCUGCCGAGCGGGCAGAGGGUGGAGCCGGGGACGCAGGUGUUGGUUUCUAUAUACACUAUGGCGAGGAUGGAGGAGGUAUGGGGGAAGGAUUGCUCGGAGUUCAGGCCGGAGCGGUGGAUAACGGAGCAGGGGAGGGUGCGGCACGAGCCAGCUUAUAAGUUUAUGCCGUUUAACUGUGGCCCGAGAACAUGUUUGGGGAAAGGCAUCACCUUUGCGGAGCUGAGGGAGGUGGCCAUGGCUGUUGUGAGGGAGUUCAGGCUGGAGAUUGUGGAGGGCCAUGUGGUGGAGCCGAAGUUAUCGAUCAUCCUGCAAAUGAGGAAUGGGCUCAAGGUGAGAGUGAUGAGGAGGGAACCGUAAAAUAAUUUUAUAAGAAAAGCCUCCUAAGAGCAUCUCCAACGAAACUUCAAACGCUUGAAUAUCAUCGCCGUGGACCUCCAGCUGAACGGUAAAACUUUCGCUAUUUCUUUGCGGGUGAACAGUGGGACGUCAAUAUUGGCGUUGCAGUUCAUCAUCGCUAUUUUUGUGACUCUUCCGAACUUGUAAAGAAACGCGCGAAAGAAGAGAAAGAUCGUUACCUUUCCCAAAAUGGAGUUCAAUUGGAGAUAGAAUCACGACAUUUUUAAGUUUCACGGCAUUUUAGAAUGAAAAAUGUGAUUUUCCGUUGGA